AGCAGUGCAAUUCGAAAACAUAAUAAUGGAGAGCAAGCCUUCCCAUGAAAUUGAACCAGUUUCUCAACAUUGUGACGAUAAUGAACAAUUUGGCUCUCGAGAUGGAAGGGAUAUUGAAAAUCAACUUCCCGACCCUGCACUAGUUCCUAAUGAAAGGAAAAUGAAUGAUGACGAUGUAUAUAGAAUUCUUGCUCUGGCUGCUAUGAAAGAUAAGUGGAGUGUUGCUGAAGUAAUUUUAAGAAAGGAUCCAAGUUUGGUUCGUCAAAAGAUAUCGGAAUUUGGUGAAACAGUACUUCAAAUUGCAGCAUUAGCAGGAAGCACCGGAUUUGUGCUAAAGCUAAUGACUCUGAUGGAACCAGAUGACUUUGAACUGAAAACUAAUAAUGGGAAUACGGCAUUUAAUUUUGCAGUAAAUUCAGGGUUCAUUGAAAUUGUUAAAGCAAUGAGGGAAAGGAAUAACAAUCUACCAAACAUCCAUGGUCUGGAUCCUGCCGGCCGUGCAAUAUUUCCAAUCAGUGCGGCAGCUAUUUAUGGGCAUAAAGCUAUGGUAUCAUACCUUUUUGAGGUCACAAAUCUUGACAUGCUAAACCAAACAGAACGAUUAUCACUUCUUGAGAUCACUACCCACAAUGAGAUGUACGAUGUAGCAUUAAAAAUAUUCAACAAGGACAGAAAAUUAACCACUCAAAUGUUACAAGGAAAUCUUGAUGUCUUCUACAUAUUAUCUCACAAGUCCUUAGUUAUCAGUAACCAACAAGGAAAGUUGAAGAGAUCCAUUGAAGGACCUUAUAAUUCUCCACUAGUACUGUGGAGAAAGUUUAUUAGCGCGACUUCCAUGGUCAGGAGCCGAUUCAUUACAUGGCUACUCCCGGAAAGAUAUAUACUGAAGAAACAAGGUGGUCUACUACUUGAGGAGCUCUGGGCGGAGUGUGAAAGAAGCGGAGAGGAUAAGCUAUUGGAGCUAGUAAGAUGGAAAAAAUUGAUCCAAUUUGCUGCAAUAGCAGGAAAUGUAGAGUUUUUAGCUGUGGUUAUUCACAAUCAUCCUCGUCUCCUAUGGGAAUUUGACAGAGAGUGGUCCGUUUUCCAUUAUGCGAUUUUUAAUAGACAGGAAAAAGUAUUCAGUCUUAUACACCAAACAGGAGGAAUGAAAAACUUUCUUCUUCAAAAAUAUGAUACUAAUGGCAAUAACAUGUUGCAUUUGGCUGGGACGUUAGGAUGUUCAAACUUAUAUAAUAAGGAGAAGAUUAUGCUGCCAUCGUUUCUCAGGGUUUCUGGAGCAGCACUUCAGAUGCAAAAAGAGAUAUUGUGGUUUAAGGAAGUGGAGAAACUUUUACCACCUUCACUCCACAAUAUCAAAAACAAAGCUGAGAAAACCCCUAGGGAAGUAUUCACAGAAGAGCAUAACCUACUGCUAAAAGAAGGGGAAAGGUGGAUGAAAGACACGGCAAAUUCUUGUAUGAUUGUUGCAACCUUGAUCGCCACGAUGGUUUUUGCUGCAGGCUUUACUGUGCCAGGUGGUAAUAAUAGUGAUACUGGUAUUCCAAUAUUGCUAGAAUUCAAUGGAUUUAGGGUCUUCGUCAUAUCAGAUGCGGUGGCACUAUUCAGCUCAAUCCUUUCCAUCAUUAUGUUCUUGUCCAUUCUUACAUCUCGCUAUGCUGAAGAUGAUUUUCUUGUGUCAUUGCCUGCCAAGUUAUUGUUCGGACUCACGACGCUGUUUGUCUCGAUAGUUAGCAUGCUCUUGGCGUUUACAACAGCAUUCUUUUUGGUCUAUAGUAAUCAUACGGAUUGGGAGCCAAAGCUCAUUGCUGCUUGUGCUGGUAUUCCUGUAGCUUUAUUUGGGUGUUUCCAGUAUAAACUAUGGUUUGAUGUGGCAAAAUCAACAUAUUGGUCCAAGUUUCUUUUUCGACCAGGAAAGUACAAGCUGUAUUAACUACAUUACAGAUAACAGUUGCACAGAGGAGUGUCUUCUUCGUUAGUAAAAUAACGCGCAACAACAUUUUACAUUAUUAUAUAUGUAAUCAGAGAAUCAGGAUUCUUGGCGGUGCCUUAUUCCCAAUUGUAAUGUUUGUGCUUGAAACUUGAGCGAA